UAUUUGUUGUACAAUAAUACAUAAUUAAAUGUGGAAAAAAAUUCAAGUUGUAUUUUGAUGAGGUGAUAGUGAGAGUGCUGAUGGCGGCCAUUUUGAAAUGCUGCUUCUUUUACUGCCUUCACAUAUUUUCCCAGUGUGUGUCACACACACCCUCUCUCUCUCUCACUCACACACACACACACACACACACAGGAACACACUCUGUACUUUCGUUUCGCCCGAAAUAGAGGAAGGUAAAGAAGGGUAAAAUGUCCAGCUACUCGCGGGUUAUCCAUCACGCCACCAGUAUCCUAUGCAGCCAUAAGGGCUCCAUGGACUUGUCUCAGCUCCACAGGAGGGUCUACGAGAGGUUCGAGAUCAGCGACGAGCACUUCUGGUACAUCCUGAAGAAAUGUCCGCGCUUCGCCGUGGUCCGGAGCAGACUGAGCGCAGAGAAGGCCGAGCUGGAUUACAUUGUAGUGGCUAAAACAUCUCUGCGUCUGUGCAAGAGUUACGCCAAGCAGAACUGCUUCGGUUGCCAGGACCUGCAUCUGUGCAAAUACUUCGUUUAUGGAAACUGCCGCUAUGGCAAAGGAAGGAAGGAGUGCAAGUUCUCCCAUAGCCUUCAAUCUGAGCAUAACUUUCCCCUUCUCCGUGAGUGCACUCUUCACGAGCUUCACGAGGAAGACCUCUUCCUCCUUCUGCUCCAGAAUGACCCUUCACUGCUCCCUGAGGUCUGCUCCCACUACAAUAAGGGCUCGGGGCUGUUUGGAGCCUGCACUUUUAAGGAAAACUGCACUAAAGUGCACAUGUGCCAGCACUUUGUGCAGGACAACUGCAUCUUCGGCGCCAAGUGCAAGCGUCUUCACUGUGUAGACGAGUACAGCCGCAGGAUGCUGGAAGAGCGCGGCCUCGGCAAUGACAUCAUCCAGGACUUGCCCUACCUCUACCAGAACGUUUACCGCCUGAGUGCCAGUGCUGCAGAAGCAGGGGGAGGUGGACUUUCAAGCCCCACCUGUUCAUCCCUGCCCAUCACCCCAAAAUAUGAGAGGAUUUCAGAGCCGAUAAGCAGAUCCCUAGAACUGGCAGAAGAGAAGAAUGAAAUUUGUCUCCACUUUAUCAGAAGGAACUGCAGAUUUCAAGAGCAAUGCAAACUGGUGCAUUUUAAUCUUCCGUAUAAGUGGGAGGUGAACGAAGGGAACGGAUGGAGGGAUCUGCGAGGGAUGGAGGAGAUCGAGCGAGCCUUCUGUGACCCCAAGAACACAUUUGGCCCAGGCUCGAGGCCGGUGGAUUUUCAGACCAUGACUAGGGUCGGGCAUCCGGUGCGACGUCUCUCGACUGUUUCGUCCGUCACCAAGCCUGCACAUUACGUCCUGACCACACACUGGCUGUGGUACUACAAGGGAGACCAUGAUAACUGGAUCGAGUACGGAAAGCCGGACGAUAAGCACCGCGUGACGUCUGUAAAGUCCUGCGAUCUGGAGGAAGUGUUUCUGACGGACAGCAACGCUGAAGUAACAGUUAUUAAAGGCAACAGGCAUUACUAUGUCAGUUUCCAAGAUAUGUACCAGAGAAACCCCAAACACAACACCAAGAGGAAAGUACGUCGGCGGCCAUGCUUCGUUUCCAUCAGUGAGAUGGAAAGCCAAAUAGCAUAGUGAAACACACACACACACACACACAUUUAUGUGAGUGUAUAUACUCAUAUUACCUUGUGAUAGUCCAUGAUAUAUUCUUAUACUCUGCGUACAUUCUCAAUGUUUUAUAUAACGACUCUAGUAAAGGUGGAAUCGAGAGCCAGGAAUCGAGAGCUGGGAUGAAGUGGAACGCUGACCGCACCCGAGGCCUCCUCACCUGACAUACAAAUCUUUUGGUCAGGUGUGGUCAACUUUUGUCCGUAUAGUGUAUACAUGCGAGGUUGAUUUAGGAUAGAAAAUCGGGGGGUAAAAAAGCAUGUUUUUUUUUUUUUUAGUUUAUUUUUUUCUCCUCCACCAUAUCACAGUUGUAUAACAUUGUGAUGCAGACUAAAAUUUUGUUAUUCUACUGUACUAGUUUCUGCUCUGAUUUGUAAGGUGAAGUUUCUUUUGAACAAUACUUCAAUUCCUAGUCUGUAACCAUCAUCAGUAAAGGUUGUCCUGCCGUUGACCCCGUGUUAUGAAUUUGACGUUUAUCCAUUUUUUUAUUUACUUUUUUUUUUUACACAUUUAAGUCCAAUUCAACAUUUUUAUUGCUUUAUAAUUGGGUUACUGUCACAUUAGUUAGUGCAAGGUUAAGGAUUGUAAUGUUAGUCCAUAACCACUAGGUGGUGUAAGUGUGCAGAUGAAAGAAUGUAGACCAGGAUGCUAGAAGUAAACUUGCUGGACUGACAUUUAUUUGGUUAUUUGAUCCCAGCUCCACCAAACUGUCACUGUUGGGCCCCUGAGCAAGGCCCCUAAACAAGGCCUCAUACAACUGCAUAGUUAAAUGAAAUAAAUGUAAGUCGCUUUGCAUCAUAUUGUCUGCCAAAUGCCAUAGAUGUAGAUUUGUGGGUCUCGUAAAUAUUAAAUAAGCGCCUAUGGA